GGGUUCUAUUGUUUAAUUUUCAGACCUGUAUCAUUAAACUCUCAACUCUCUGCGUCUCUCUCGCUCUUUCUCUCUAACAUAGUGCUAAGAUCUCCCGCUCUCUAUCUCUAAAACGUUGUUGAUUGAUCGUCUUGUAUGGCGGACGAUGAUGAGGAAGAUGGAGGUCUUAAGGUUUCUAUUGGAAGCAGUUUAGAUGCCCUUCAAUCCAGAAGCUAUGAUUGCUGGUGGCCUGAUAAAGAGAGACUCACCAGAUAAUAGAUGUUAAAUUUGUUGCAGCGAAGAGGGACUUGUUCGUGGUGCUUGUGCAAUCGUACAUCAAAAGUUCCUUUCUUUUUCUUUCGCAAUUGGAGAAAUUGAAGAUUGAAGGUAAUUUCAUGCUCGACUUUGAAAUGGCGAAUAGAACCCGAAUUAAAUUAAUUCUCUUUGAACACGGAUCGGGUGGGGAUGGGAUAAUCAGCUAGUUGGGCCGGGUAAAAAUCCGAGUUGAAUCCCCGACCCAACUCGAACUUGAGCACUCCUAUAUAUGAAGCAAAUCCAAUUGAAGAAGAUAAAAGAAAUCAAAAUGGGAAGUAAGGCUCUGUUACUGCUUAAAAUACCAACGCCACUCCAAAGGCAUCAGAUAAUUUUGAACUACGGACGAAGAUACUCAACACGAUCAACAACUAAUGUGUCAUCUCUUCAACCUCCAGAUUUGCCUCGUUUGGCCGAAACUGCUCGAAUUUCUCUUGCUCCCAAUGAGGUCGAAGAAUUUGCUCCCAAAAUUCGACAAGUAAUUGAUUGGUUUGGACAACUUCAAGCUGUCGAUCUUAAUAGUGUUGAACCUGCAAUAAGAGCAGAUAGCGAAGGUGAAAACUUGCGUGAUGAUAUUCCUGAAACAUACGACAAAAGGGAAGCUGCAAUUGCUGGUGUUCCAAGCUAUGAAGACCCUUAUAUCAAAGUUCCCAAAGUUUUGAACAAGGAGUAAUGUCGUACCCACUUCAUUUAGCUUUUGUUGGCUGAAAAAACCAGUGUCAUUGUAAUUUUGGUUGUGGUUUCUGUAAGAACAAACUAUGAAAUUUUCUACCUUUUAAUGAAAAAUUAGAUUACCAGAUUUUCUUCA